GUAAAUACGGUCCAGCAGCAGUUCCCGCGUUUGGCAGCUCUUUCAAUCACAACUUGGACAUUGAUUCAGCAGCCAGUCAUUCCGGAUAUGGAUGACCUGUAUUUAGACAAUAUUGAUGAAUUUGUGAAUGAUCAAAAUAAGAUCGUCACUUACAAAUGGCUCAGUUUAACUCUUGGAGUCCACGUGAACACUGCAAAACAAAUGUUGUAUCAUUACUUGGAGCAGAAACGCAGGGAAAGUUCAGGGACUCCCCUUCAUGCCACCUACCUUGUAUCUGGCAAGUUAGUUGAGAAUGGUAGUACGUGCCAUAAAGUGUCAGUAGUACGUGAGGACAAGCUUGACGCUGUUAAAGCAAAGAUGGAUGUGACAAUCAGUGUGCAUGUCUACAGUGUGCAGAGAGCGGAGCUGAAGGAUAGUUCUCCACUUUACAGUACAGAUUACGAUGCUGUUAAGGAGAACCUAAAGAACUGCAACAAGUACAGCGCUAUACGUUGUUCUGCGGCGGUCCCCAUGCCAUCUGUAGAGCUGCAGAGAGCUCAGGAGGUGGCUUUGGUCCCUCCAGUGGAGAAGGAAAUCAAUAAACCUCGCAUGAAUGAAAACACUUCUGCUACCUCAAAACCUAGUGCUAAGCAGCCAGCAGGCAUCAUGGGAAUGUUUGCUAGCAAAAAUGCUUCUAAGAGUCAAGAAUCCAGCAAGGAAGUGAAAACAGAGCAGAAAGAUGAUUCUUCCCUGGUUGAAACCUCAAAAACCAAACCGGCCUCCAAAGCGAACCCUAUGAGUAACUUCUUUGGGAAGUCUGCCCAAAAAAAGGUAGAUGAAAAACCCAACAAAAGCAUCAAAGAGGAGACCGGCGGUGACUCCGCAGCAUCGAAUACUGCAAGUGUGAAACUGUCACAGCCGUCUCCCAAAUCUGAGUUUGCCAUUAAAGAGGAACGAUCUAAGGUGUCCAGUGCUUUGAAAGUUGAAUCAAAAGACACUCGGAAUAAAUCAAAGCGUCCUGAGGUUGUGGACAGUGAUGAUGAGAAAAUGGAGAACCAGCAGAAAAAGAGACGGCGUAUAAAGAAGCCCCAGCCAGACAGCAGUGAUGAUGAAGUUGUGCCAGAUUCUCCACCUGUGCCAACCAAACAGACUCCCAGCCCCAAAAAACAAGUGAAGAGAGAGCCUGUUUCACACCAAGAGAGCUCAGAGGUGAAGAGGAGGAAAAGGAGGCGUGUUUUGAAGUCUCACACAUUUGUUGAUGAAGACGGUUCCUUUGUGACCGAGAAGGGUUAUGUGAGUGAGUCUUACUCUGAGAGUGAAGAGGAGCCUGAACCCAAAAGUCAAGCCAAGGACUCAAGUUCAAUCAAGCAGUCAUUUGGAAAAAAGGAGGAAGAGAAAAAAGAAAAGAGUCAGAAGAAGACCUCUGCCACUAACAAAUCUACAAAACAGCCAUCCAUUAUGGGAUUUUUCCAGAAGAAAUGAUUUAUUUGUCUUAUUCUUUCAUGGACUUUUAAAGGAAUAGUUCACCUGUAAAUGAAAAUUGUUGUUAACUAC